AUGAAAGGUUUCCGAGGUUCACAAGGUAUGAAAGGUUUCCGAGGUUCACAAGGUAUGAAAGGUUUCCGAGGUUCACAAGGUAUGAAAGGUUUCCGAGGUUCACAAGGUAUGAAAGGUUUCCGAGGUUCACAAGGUAUGAAAGGUUUCCGAGGUUCACAAGGUAUGAAAGGUUUCCGAGGUUCACAAGGUAUGAAAGGUUUCCGAGGUUCACAAGGUAUGAAAGGUUUCCGAGGUUCACAAGGUAUGAAAGGUUUCCGAGGUUCACAAGGUAUGAAAGGUUUCCGAGGUUCACAAGGUAUGAAAGGUUUCCGAGGUUCACAAGGUAUGAAAGGUAUCCGAGGUUUACAAGGUAUGAAAGGUUUCCGAGGUUCACAAGGUAUGAAAGGUUUCCGAGGUUCACAAGGUAUGAAAGGUUUCCGAGGUUCACAAGGUAUGAAAGGUUUCCGAGGUUCACAAGGUAUGAAAGGUUUCCGAGGUUCACAAGGUAUGAAAGGUUUCCGAGGUUCACAAG